AAAAAAUCGUACUCUACCCUAAUCGCACCCCUAACCCUAAUCGCCUCUGUCCUAUUUGCACCAUGUCUGAUUCUGAGUCAGGUAUAACCAAAAACAACCCCAUCCCAACCAAUUCCACUGUUCUUUCUACCAAAUCUACCGAGUCUCACUCUGUCUAGAUCACUACUAUUCGCUUGAAUGGAGAAAACUUUCUGAGAUGGUAUCAAUCAGUGAAGAUGUAUAUGAAAGGUCGAGGAAAAAUGGGAUAUUUGACUGGUGAAAAGAAGGCUCAAGCAGAAACUGAUUCAACCUAUGAAACUUGGGAUGCUGAAAAUUCUAUGGUGAUGGCUUGGCUUGUUAACUCUAUGGAAGAAGAGAUUAGCUCCAAUUAUAUGUGCUAUCCCACAGCAAAGGAGCUAUGGGACAACAUUAUUGAAAUGUAUUCUGAUCUUGAAAAUCAAUCUCAGAUUUUCGUGUUAAAUAUCAAACUUGGAGAAAUAAAGCAAGGGGAGGACAGCAUGACAAAGUACUUUCAUUCUUUGAAAAGAAUCUGGCAAGACUUAGAUCUUUUCGAUACUUAUGAGUUCCUGGUUGGUCUCAAUGUUGAGUUUGAUGAGGUGAGGGGGAGGAUUAUUGGAAGGUAGCCCCUACCUCCAAUUGGUGAAGUAUUCGCUGAAGUUAGAAGAGACGAGAGUCGAAGGAGUGUUAUGUUGGGAAAGAAGACACCUACAUCUAUUGUUGAGAGUUCAGCGCUAGCCACCAUGAGCGCAGGAUAUAACAAGAACACCCCAUACAUGCAGAAAACUAAUGAGAAGCCACGUGUUUGGUGUGAUUUCUGUAAUAAACCUCGUCAUACUCGAGAGACCUGUUGGAGAAUCCAUGGCAAACCAGCAAACUGGAAAAGCAAAGCAGAGAGAGAAAAGGCAGGUCGAACCCCUUCUGCACAUGAAGCUGAGUCCAGCCCCUUCACUAAGGAGCAGAUGAAUCACCUUCAUGCAUUCCUGAACACUACCUCGUCCUCAUCCGGUAUUCCUACUGCCUCUAUUGCAUAUGCAGGACCAGAGUUUGGGUAAGACGAUUGACAGUGCUAGGAUGAUUAAUGGACUCUAUUAUUUCGAAGAUAAAGCUUCUGAAAAUAAAAUUGCUCAAGGAUUUAGUAGCAUUAGUUCUCUUUCUGUUUAUGAUCAAAUAAUGGUUUGGCAUUAUAGAUUAGGCCAUCCUAGUUUUUUUUUAUUUAUUUAAAAUAUUUGUUUCCAGCACUAUUUAAACGGUUAAAUCAUUCGUCUUUUCAAUGUGAAAGUUGUUUAUUGGCCAAAAGCCAACGUAAACCUUACAUUAAAUCUUUUUAUUAUCCUUCAAAACCGUUUUAUCUGUUUCAUAGUGAUGUAUGGGGACCUUCUAAGGUUACUACUAAUUCUGGGAAAAAAUGGUUUGUUACUUUUAUAGACGACCACACUCGUCUUUGUUGGGUUUAUUUAAUGAGGGAAAAGUCCCAGGGUUGAACAAAUUUUUACCGAUUUUUACAAAAUGAUUGAAAAUCAGUUUCAAACAAAAAUCAAUAUUUUAAGAACUGAUAAUGGAACAGAAUACUUUAAUCACAUCUUGGGAAAUUUUUUAAAAGAAAAAGGUAUUUUGCAUCAAUCUACAUGUCCUGAUACUCCCGAACAAAAUGGAAUAGCAGAAAGAAAGAAUAUACACUUGUUAGAAGUAGCUCGUGCCAUGAUGUUUUAUAUGAAUGUUCCAAAAUAUUUAUGGGGGGACGCUGUUCUUACUGCAUCUUAUUUGAUAAAUAGAAUGCCUACUAAAGUUUUACAUUACACUACUCUUUUGAAAUGUUUCAAAAAAUUCUUUCCUACUUCUAGAAUUAAUUCAGAUUUACCAUUGAAUAUUUUUGGGAGUACUGUUUUUGUUCAUCUUCCAAAAAGGUCUAGAUCUAAGUUAGAUCCUAGAUCCUAGAGCUGAAAAAUGUAUUUUCUUAGGCUAUCCUCCAAAUAAAAAAGGAUAUAAAUGUUUUAAUCCUAUCUCUAAACACAUUUAUAUUACUAUGGAUGUCUCUAUUGCUGAAAAUAGUCCUUAUUUCUCAAAGAAUUUUGUUCAGGGGGAGAAUUCAGUGGUACAAAAUUUUUGGGAACUUGUUGAACCUUUACCUAAGACUAUUCUUGAUGUUUCUCUUGAGAAAACUCAACCUACAUCUUUGAAUCCGAAUCUGAUCUUGGUUUGUCAGAAACAGAAAUGCUACGAUUGAUUAAAAAUCGUAAUGUUCUUGAGCCUGUGGUUUAUUCAAGGAAGAACAUCUGCGAAAGAAGUAGAGACCAUCCAAUCAUCCUUGCACAAGACCAAAUGGAAGCCCCGAACAAUGGUUCUUCAAGUACCCGAGGUAAUUCUUCUUCUAUUACUAGUUCUUCUUUGUCUCCAAGUAAUAUUUUGUCUUCACAAUCUGUUUCAAGCCCUACAUCUGAAACUCUAGAUCUUCCUAUUGCUCUUAGAAAAGGAACUCGUGCUUGUACAAAGCAUCCAAUUGCCAAAUACAUCUCGUACAAUCACCUAUCUGAUAACUAUAGAGCAUUUAUUACUAAUAUUUCUGAACUUGUUGUGCCUAGAAGUAUAUAGGAGGCACUAGAUGAACCGAGAUGGAAGUUGGCAGUGGAUGAAGAGAUGGAUGCUUUGAUAAAGAAUGGGACUUGGGAGAUUGUAAUGUUACCGAGGGACAAGAAGAUUGUAGGGUGUAAAUGGGUGUUCACAGUAAAAUUUAAAGCUGAUGGAAGUAUUGAGAGGUUUAAAGCGAGGCUUGUGGCCAAAGACUUUACUCAAACCUAUGGAAUAGAUUAUCAAGAGACUUUGCACCUGUUGCAAAAAUUAAUUCUAUACAGAUUCUACUAUCUUUAGCAGUUAACUAUAAUUGGCAUUUGAACCAGUUAGACGUGAAGAAUGCUUUUCUUAAUGGAGACCUUGAAGAGGAAUUGUAUAUGAGUGUCCCACCAGGUUUCGAAAAAAAUUUUGGAGUUGGAAAAGUGUGUAAAUUAUAGAAAUCCUCGUAUGGUCUUAAACAGUCCCCUAGAGCUUGGUUUGAACGCUUUGGUAAGGUUUUGAAGAGGUUUGGUUACACUCAAAGUCGAGCGGAUCACACUAUGUUCUACAAACAUUCAGAGGAAGGAAUGGUGGCUAUUUUAAUUAUGUAUGUAGAUGAUAUUGUGAUAACUGGGGAUGACAUUGAUGAACAAGAGAGAUUAAAAAGAAGACUUGGUGAGGAAUUCGAAAUUAAAGACUUGGGUCCUUUGAAAUACUUCCUUGGAAUGGAAUUUGCAAGGUCCAAAGAAGGCAUUUUUGUAAGUCAGCGUAAGUAUGUACUUGAUUUACUUAAUGAGACUGGUAUGAUGGGUUGUAAACCUGCUGAAACACCUAGUGAACCUAAUGUUAAACUACAGGCUGUUGAAGACUUGAAAAGUGUGAAGGACAAAGAGCUUUAUCAAAGAUUAGUUGGGAGACUGAUUUAUUUGUCACAUACACGACCAGACAUAGCUUUCUCUAUGAGUAUGGUAAGUCAGUUCAUGCAUUCACCUGGUUCAAGGCAUUUCGAUGCAGUCUAUAGGAUUCUAAGGUAUCUAAAGGGAACACUGGGUAAAGGCCUCUUGUUUAGACCUCGAGGGCAUCUAGAGAUUGAAGCCUACACUGAUGCAGAUUGGGCUGGAAGCACUCUAGAUAAAAGAUCUACAUCAGGCUACUGUUCAUAUGUUGGAGGUAAUUUGGUCACUUGGCGAAGCAAGAAACAAAGUGUGGUGGCUAGAAGCAGUGCUGAAGUUGAAUUUAGAGCUGUCGCUCAUGGAAUUUGUGAAAUUAUUUGGAUAAAAAGGCUGCUUGAAGAGCUGAAGUCAUCACAAUCGUCUCCUAUGAAGUUAUAUUGUGACAACAAGGCAGCAAUUGCAAUUGCUCAUAAUCUUGUACUUCAUGAUCGCACAAAGCAUGUUGAAGUAGAUAAGCAUUUUAUUAAGGAGAAAAUUGAGAGUGGUCAAGUGUGUAUGCCUUAUGUUUCUAGUGAAGAUCAGGUGGCGGAUAUUUUCACAAAAGGAUUAUGUAAAAAACAAUUUAAUUUUCUGACUAGCAAGCUGGCUAUGGAGAACAUUUUUUUGCCCAACUUGAGGGGGAGUGUUGGAAAAUCAGCUUUCCUAAUUAUUAUUAUUAUUCAGUAUAGCUGUAUAAUAAUAAUUCUGUUUUUAUUGUACCAUAUUUUUAGGGAAUUAGUUUAGGGAUUCAUUGUAUCUUUAUUAUUUGAUAUGUUUCUCUUUAUAGACUUAUUGUACAUGUUAUAUAUACUGCUUUAUAUCGAAAUAAAAUAACACAGAAAAAACAUUUUUUCCCUUCAUCUGUCAACUUUAGUUAAUCGAAAGACCUUUCUAACGGUAUAAAGAUCAUCAAAAUCGGAGUUAUAACCUAGGAGUUAUGCAUGUUUUAUUAAAACAGUUUCUUUAAAAUCCUGGAUCAUGUCGAUUUCUGAAUACAACCCAAAAAUAAAAGUUUUAAAAAUAGUUACACCCCGAUCUAGACAAUACUUCCUUCAUAAAAAAUGUAGCUAUUUUCCUAAGCUUUAAAACGAGAUAAAGAUCUUUUAAAAUGGAUCAAAGUUGAGAGAAAUAUUGAAUUUUUACUGAAGACACUUUUUCUGAAACAAAACUUAAAACGAAAUAUCCUAACCGAGUAAAGAUACUAACUUUUGACAGGUAAGAACUCCGAAUUAGGGAAAGGUUUCUUCAAAGAAAAUAUGGAUUAUUGAAUUAUCUUUCUAACAGUACAAGAAUCGCUGGAAAAUAAUAGAUAUCGAGAGAGAAAUCACACUUUUACUGAGGCAAUAUCGGACAUAAAUUUAAAAAAAGAACUGUAAUUCGACAGUCAGCAUAAAACAUGAAUUUUUGACAUUGAAAUAAUCAGAAUUUGGAAAGAGUUUCUUCAUAAAAAAUGUAGACCAUUAAAUUAUCUUUAAAACGGUACCUAAAUCACUGAAAAUGGGCCUAUGGGGAGAGAGAUAUGGUAUUUUUAUGAAAGCUUAUUUCUCUGAAAACGAAAAUAAAAACAUACGAAAAUCCUACAUAAAAUCCCGACAUUAAGAGACAGUAAAAGUUUUUACCUUAGAAAUCGAAUACUGUGAUAGAGGCUUCAAACAGUAGUGUGCAUGACAGAACUUUUUCCCUUGAUUCUCUUGGUCCUGAUGAUAAACCUUUUAUUAAUAAAUACCUUGGUGUGCCCCAGUAAUUUUUUCACUCAAAAAAAUCCUCGUUCUACAAUCUUCUCCAAAAAGCUAAUAGUAAGCUUUCUGUUUGGAAUAAUAAGCUAUUUUUUAGAGCUGGUAAGGAAAUCCUUCUUAAAGCGGUUAUCCAGGCUAUCUGUUCUUAUGCCAUGUUAUGCUUCAGACUUCCUCUAUCUACUUGUGGGCAGUUUGAGAAGCUCAUGGCUAAUUUUUGGUGGGGCUCUUUGGGGAAUAAUCAUAGGAAAAUUCAUUGGAAAAAAUAGUCCCUUCUUCGUAAGUCCAAAUUUUUUAGGGGUCUUAGUUUUCGUACUAUUGUUCACCACAAUCAAGCCAUGGAUUCCAAGCAAGCAUGGUGGAUCUUUACUAAUCUCGAUUCCCUUCUGGCUACUCUCCUUAAAGCCAAAUAUUUUAAAAAUAAUGACUUUCUCUAUGCUUCUCUUGGCCACUACCAUUCUUUCACUUGGAGAAGUCUACUCUAGGGUAGGGAACUCCUCUCAAGGGUUUAAUUUGAAAGGUGGGAAAUGGUAAAUCUAUUCAAAUCACUAGUCUGAAUUGGAUCCUAGAUUUGAGGGUUGUAUCUUAUAAAAAUGAUCUUUCUCCUCCUGAGGAUACAAUCUUUUUUUCAUUAAAAAGGAGGGAUUAUGGGAUGUUGAUAAACUCAAUUCUUAUUUCUCAAAAGAUGUAGUUACUUUUAUUCUUAGAAUCCUUGUCGAUCCUGCUAGAGGGGACUGUCUCAUUUGGGGACAUCAUCUUUGUGGAAAUCUCACUGUCAAUUCGGCCUACUAUCUUGCUAAUUCAGCACUUUAUUUUCCUUCUUCUUCUAACCUGAGCUUUUUUAAAUAUUGGUGGAAAAUAGUUUGGACUACAAAGAUGCUUCCUAAGAUAAAACACUUUGUUUGGAAAGCUUUCAAUCACUUGCUUCCAUUGAGCCUUAACCUCUUUUAUAAGGAAGGGGAUUGAUAACCCUUAUUGCUCUAUUUGCUCCCUUCAUGUUUACACUAAUUCUCAUUCUCUUCUAGGGUGUUCAAGAGCUGCUAAAGGCUGGUUAACUACAAGAUUUGCUCAAUCUUUGACACUAACAAAGAUUAUGAUAUAAAAGUAAGAGUUGCCUUAAUCGUAACAAACUUAUUUUCUCAGCUCUCAAGCCUUCUUUUGCAGUUAUAGAAUUUUGGGUUAACUCUUACUUGCAGGAAUUUUAUGCAGCCCAAGAUAAGCUUAUUAUCCCAUCUCACAACAGUAAUGCAGAAGCUUCCAACAUCUCCUCAAAUCCUUCAAAUGAUGGUUUAGCUCAAGACAAUGUUUCUCCUCAUUUUGGAACUUAUAAAUUGAGUGUGGACGCUUCAGUCAGAAAUAAAGAUUGUAAAAUUGGCUUUAGUGAUGUUGUCAGAAUUAUAAGGGGGAAGUUGUUGCAAGUUGUUUCUCUUCAAUUUCUCGUGACUCUCCCCUCUUUUAGCAGAGGCAGAAUCUCUCAUCAAGGCUCUCACAUGUGUUCAUUAGUUUGAUUCCCUAUCAACAUUAUAUCUUUAGAUUGUCAAGUAUUAGUUAAGGACAUCAAGCACAAGUAGAGUGAUAGACCUUCACUGUAAUUCAAAAGAUUGAUUCUUCUCUAUCUCACCUUUCUAAUGCUUCCCUUAGUUUUGUACCAAAAAGUUUAAAUGUUUUUGCUCAUAAUCUUACUCAAAGGGCAUUAUGAACUGAUUUAGAGGUUGUUUAGAACGGUUGUGUUUCAAGCUCUAAUCUUUAAUCUUUGUAACUUGCUCUUCAUUGUGUUAUCUUAAUGUUACAAUUUUUUUUUUUUUUGAAAUUUUUUUUUUAUAAAAACGUUACAUAAAAUCGUUAAGGCAAUAAUUGACGAAUUAUAAAGAUCGUGCGCAGGGACGGAGCUACUUUAGCUCCAAAGGGGGCUAUGGCCCCUCCCAAAAUUUUGGACAAAAAAAAUUAUAAAGCAAUUUAGGACUUGUUUGGAACGUCGUAUUAGCUCGUAUUGUAUUGUAUUGUAUUGUAUUAUAUUUAAUUGGGUUAUAUAUCAUAUUUUGAUAUACUACUAUGUUAAACUUUAAUUUAUACUAAAAUAUUAUAAAUUUAGGUGUCCAUAAAAGUUAAUAUCACAUAUAGUUUUACAUAAAAAUAUUGUAUAAAAUACAAUUUAAUAUAAUACUAUACAAUACAAUACGGUGUAAUACGGCAUACUAAACGAACUCUAAAAUUUUAUUUUCUUAAAAAAUUAUGUAUUUGGCC